AUGACGUGCGUUAUCUCAUCUACGCCGUGGCAUCACUUCAACGACCACCUCCCAUGGGCUCCGACGAAUUCAGACACGGCAUCAUCGCUCCCAGGUUUGGAGAAGUCGCUCUCCUCGGGCUACGUCUCCCCAGGCUCCGACACACGCAAGUCGUCGACGAGUUCGGGCAAGAAACGAGCCUCACGAGCCGGAACCCGCAGUGUAUCGACCCUUUCCGCUGCUCAAUUGGAGAGAAAGCGUGCCAACGAUCGUGAGGCCCAACGAGCCAUUCGACAACGGACCAAAGAUCACAUCGACCACCUGGAAAGGAGUAUCCAUGAGCUACGCGGCUCUCAAGAAGCCAGUGAGAAGCUGGUACAUGUUACACAACAGCGAAACCGCGAAUUAGAAGACGAAGUCGCUUACCUACGCGGUAAGCUCAGCCAAGCAGGCUUUGAUAUGAACGUAUUGCCGACAGAACGUACCGCGUCUGGAUCAAGCAUCCAGAGACCUGGAUCAACUUCGACCCCAGGUAACCAGUCCAUGACGACGCAGUCGACCGGUUCGCGUCACGGCUCAUGGCAACACCAAGCCGCUGGAUUCGUUGGCACCGCCGCCACUGCCAUUGGACUCCCAAGUGCAGCCGCAGUCGCGGGCGCGCCCAGCCUGACUACAUGGCGAUCGCACGACAACCCUCAGACGAUGCAAGACCCAUUGUCUGCUGGAUCUUCAGGACCAUAUCACCAAGAUCAACGCGUCGAUUGGCCCGCAAGUGCAGGUCCGUACCAGCAGUACGUAACUCAGGAGCAACAACGACAGCCGCAGUACGAGACGGCACCGGCGCAACCGCAGCAAGGUUACCAACAGCCCUUUGGAGCUGCUGCACCGCAGAGCGAGUUUCCCAGUAUCUCGGUAUCAUCCAGUCCAAGCAGCUAUCAGGUUCAAAAUCAACCAACCUUCCAGCAACCAGGCUCAUUCCAGGUGGCGCCCAUGCAGGUCCCAACAAGCGGCACAGAAUACACCACGUCCCCACAUGGACAAAUGCAGCCACCUCCGUUGCCAAAUGGCCCGUUUCAUGGCACCCACGGCGAGCAACCAUAUGGUACACAGCCAGGAAAUCAUGCACUGCAAUACCGUGACGAGAGUGCCAACAGAUCUUACUCGCUCGCGCAUUAUCCCACAGCCUAG